AUGACGAUGAUAGACGGUGUUGGUGAUGAAGUUGUACAGUUUGUAGCUGUAGUACUGGUCGUCAUAGUGGCAGCCCUGGCCUGGUGGUCUACCAAUGCUCGGCCAGAUCGAUACCGAACUGUGCUUGUUAUGCGCUCUAGAACACUUCACCCGGUCACCGUUAGUAUCCGGACUAGAUCAAAUUUAAUGAUAACAGCAGCGCCGACAUCCACUUCUAUAGCAUCCACAUCGGAUACGGCAAAUCCCAGUACCACGGAAGCGACAGACGAGAAUAACGCGCGUGUCAUCCCUCUCCAAGAGAUGGACAGCAUAGUGGACGCGGACAUGGCCAUGUUGGACAACAACAGACUGCACUUCUACAGGAGAGUCGAUUCUGGAAAUACCACGCAGAGUGCAUCAGAAUCGACUAGCGACGAGAGCGAACCACAUGAAGAUGUAGAGCCGGCGAGCAACGCUCAGAUCAGAGAGAUGGACAGCAUCGUCAGCGCUAUGGAGGCUGACGUCACCGCCGGCUGUGACUUCUUCACUCGGGCUAGUGAAUCAAAUCCCUCAACAGUAAUACCGACAGCAGUGAAAAAAGAAAAUAAUAAAGAGAAUACGCCAUCUACAGCUAAUUUAGAAAAACAAUCAGAAACUGUACAAACGCCAGAUGGCGCCGGUGACGACACAAGUAAUCAAGGAACGGAAAGUGAAAGAAUAUUGAUCAAGUUGAAAUAUUUGAAUGAUACCUUGAAAGAGGUCGACGGAAGCCUCGAUGAGUUACUGAAAGAUUUUAAAUGGCGACAUUUCUCCACGGAACUGACAGCGGAAUGUCGCGUGCGUCUAAUCUUCAACGGUCGCGUACUACUGGACGACGCGGCCACACUGCGCGCCUGCGGACUACACGACCGGGCUGUAGUGCACUGUCUCGUACAUCCUAAACGGACUGCUAAUCAGCCACGUGGUAUGUCGGAAGAGGGUUCAGUGAACGCGACACACGAACUGAUCACCGACAGGCCGCAGCCCGAGCGCGCCUGGGACCUCGAGAACAUUCUCAUGACACUCGUCUCUGUUGCACUAACCGUCGUCUGGUUCUUCAGAUGCGAAUAUUCGAACCUAUUCACGGCGAGUGCGAGUCUGGCGUUGUUCGGUCUGACAGUAUUCUACAGUGUGGCCAUCUUCGGGCUCUACCUGUCCGACACAUUCCACUUCGACCGCCGGCCCGCGCAGCCCGUGCCGGACAACUAG